GUUUCAGUACGUGUUCGACCUGCAUACUGAGUUGACGUCGCCACGCACGGAAUAACAUUUCAAAUUAGUAGAUUAGCCCUGCAAAACAAAAAUCCAUCUCGUGAGUGAGUGCUGAAAAAUAGCGUUUCGAAAUAUUAUCGAUAUCUCGGUCGUAUGUUACUGUGCUCCCAAAAAACACAUCACCAGCCAGUGAUAACUGUAAAGAUUGACAAAGCAAAAUAUAUCCAUUAUAACCCAAACUGAAACUCCAGAAAAUGUGCAACUAAAACAUAUUGGCCAUCAAAGUGAUAAGACUUAGAGAUUAACGCCGGAUUAUUGGACACCGGACCGAGCACUGGGACUAUCUUCGGAGAAAGCGCACCUAAUCUAACCUCAAAAUGGUUUCGCACUACUACAACACACUGCCCUACACACAAAAGCACAGUGCCGCCAAUUUGGCCUAUGCCUCAGCGGCGGGCCAGCCAUGGAACUGGACGCCCAACUACCACCACACGCCGCCGAACCACCAGUUCCUGGGCGAUGUGGACUCCUCGCAUGCCGCCCACCACGCGGCCGCUGCCCACCAGAUGUACUACAACUCCCAUCACAUGUUCCACUCGGCGGCGGCGGCCUCUGCCGGGGAGUGGCACUCACCCGCCUCGAGCACGGCGGAUAACUUCGUUCAGAAUGUGCCCACGUCGGCCCACCAGCUGAUGCAGCAGCACCACCAUCAUCACGCCCAUGCCUCCAGCAGUUCCGCCAGUUCCGGGAGCAGCAGUAGCGGUGGUGCACCGGGUGCGCCCCAGCUCAACGAGACCAACAGCAGCAUCGGCGUCGGAGGAGCAGGCGGUGGCGGUGGUGUUGGCGGGGCCACCGAUGGAGGACCAGGUUCCGCACCACCCAACCAUCAGCAGCACAUCGCCGAAGGUCUGCCGUCGCCACCGAUUACCGUUUCGGGCUCGGAAAUCUCUAGCCCGGGGGCGCCGACUUCUGCCUCGUCGCCGCAUCAUCACUUGGCACACCAUUUGAGUGCCGUCGCCAACAACAACAACAACAACAACAACAACAACAAUAGCCCAUCCACCCAUAACAACAACAACAAUAACAAUUCGGUGAGCAACAACAACAGGACAUCGCCAUCGAAGCCGCCAUACUUCGACUGGAUGAAGAAGCCCGCCUAUCCAGCACAACCACAACCAGACCUGAGCAGCUCGCCCAACUUAGAGGAUCUGAGUGAUUUGCUGGACGCAAGCGGCAAAACCCGCACCAAGGAUAAGUACCGCGUGGUGUACACCGACUUCCAGCGCCUGGAGCUGGAGAAGGAGUACUGCACCUCCCGCUACAUCACCAUCCGGCGGAAGAGCGAGCUCGCCCAGACGCUGUCGCUGUCGGAGCGCCAGGUUAAGAUCUGGUUCCAGAACCGCCGCGCCAAGGAGCGCAAGCAGAACAAGAAGGGUAGCGAUCCGAACGUGAUGGGCGUGGGAGUGCAGCAUGCGGACUACAGCCAGCUGCUGGACGCCAAAGCGAAGCUGGAGCCGGGCCUGCACCUGUCCCACUCGCUGGCCCACUCGAUGAACCCCAUGGCGGCGAUGAACAUUCCCGCCAUGCGCCUGCAUCCCCACCUGGCCGCCCACAGCCACUCCUUGGCGGCGGUGGCGGCGCACUCACACCAGCUGCAGCAGCAGCACAGUGCGCAGAUGUCCGCUGCGGCGGCAGUGGGCACGCUCUCGAUGUGACACGACCAUUCCUGUUAUGCGGCGAGCGGCGACAGUAACAACUACAUGGAGCCCCAUCAUCCGCUGCUGGGUGGUAGCGAGCGGGGUGGAGUAGGAGGCGUAGGAGGCGUAGGAGGAGGAGGCGGACAACCGUGCGAUGUGUCCUUCAGUGCUCCCGCUCUCGCCUUGGACUUGGCUUAACCCUUAGGUCGCGCAGUCAGACUGUUUCGACCGAACCGAAAAGUUAAUAGGCAGCCGGACGAAUGGAGGACUUGGCGGCCGUUGCACCUGGAAUAUUGCACGUUGUUAAUUUUUGUGAUUGUAUAUUCCUGGUUUCGACACGCGCCAGAGUCCUCACAGCUAAACAAGUCUUAUAUUAUUCUUGUAUUAUGUUUGUUUUUUGUUCAACGUGUGUAGUAGCUUAAAGUAAAAUGAAUAGCUCGUAAGCAGUAGUAAGUAAAGUUGCCCGAGAAAAACAAGAACAAUUCAAACCAGCCGUCCCAGCCGAUUAACGUUUAAAAGUACUCGCUGCAGUUAAACAUAAUUUUAGUACAAGCAACUCAUUUUAGAGCGCAACUUGAUUCUUCAGCCCGUGUAAAUAGCCGCAUAUAUAAAGAGUUUUAACGUUUAUUACUUUUAUGUAUCGUAAUAACAAUUAGCCGUAGUUAAUAUAGCCGUACUAAAUGUUAAAUGUAACGCACUCUUCGAGCACACAAGCAAAAUUACCAUUUAAAUAAAUAAUUUUAACGUAUUCACCCGCAUCUUUACUUAGUUCAAUUUGGCGGCAAUUAAUUUAUAACUUGUGAAUGUGUACGUGUGUAUAUGUAUGUGCAUAGCUAUUUAAAUAAAAUAUGAACACCAUAGAUAAAGCAACUC